AUGGCCAUAAUCGGCUUUCUGGCCAUCUCUUCGGCCGCGAUGAUGAAGACCGCCGGGAAAAGGAAAUUUCCGCAGCGUUUUUUUCAUUUUUCACUUUUCACGCGUUUUUUCGAAACUACAGUUGUUUUUUAGGAAUGGUUGUUUUUAAAAUGAAAAUUUUGUACUUUUAUAGUAAUUAAAAGCUGAAAAAAGUUGGCUAUGUCAAAAACUAGUAAAAAGCUAACAAAAAAGCUCAUGCUCAUUCUCAUGCUCAUGAUAAUGCUCAUGCUCAUGCUCAUGCUCAUGCUCAUGCUCAUGCUCAUGCUCAUGCUCAUGCUCAUGCUCAUGCUCAUGCUCAUGCUCAUGCUCAUGCUCAUGCUCAUGCUCAUGCUCAUGCUCAUACUCAUGCUCAUGCUCAUGCACAGACUCCAGCUUAUUCUUAG